AUGCAUCCUGUACUAUCGCGUAAGAUACCGCCUCCUGCAGAUGAUCCUGGGUUGCCUUGAGAUGCUCCGUCGACGUUGAGUUUCCACUGUCCAGCCCUCGGUGGUGUCCAUCUAACAGAUCGGACAGUAGUCCAGGUCUGUGUAGGUAUGAUAUGGAGUCCCCAAAGCCCAAAAGCCUCACAAACAGAACGCGAGCGUUUCGUUUUAUUUGGCACUAAGGAAUGAGUACUCCGAAGCCAUUGUGUUACGUGCCUCAUAAUCUCUGUGGCACGCAUCACUUGGCCUGCAUAUCGAGAUGAGUUACGUCCCUUCCAUAUUUCCCAUAACAUAUAUGCUAUGGAGAUACGGAUGAAAGGACAAACCUUGACACUCGUCGGUGAGUCAAAGACUCUCCUAAAGACCUCUAGUGGUGGUCUCGUAGGUCUGUACGAGAGCAUUGGAAGCCAAUUCGCUAGAAGUUGAUGCCAACACUCGACAGCGAUAUCACUAUGGAAAAAUAAAUGUUCCAUACUUUCGUCUGUCGUGAUAGAGCAACAAUGACAUUUCCUUUCCACCUCCUGAUCGGUGACAAUCACUCGAUCGUCGGUGGGUAGUCCUCGGUGCAUGAACUUCCACAGGAAGAACGAAACACGAGGUGUGAUGGCCGGAUGCCAUAUGAGAUUUCCCCAAAAUGUCUUUGGGGAGCGGUUUCUAAAGUGCUGCCAAGAGGAGCUACAAGAGAAACUGCCAUCUAUGGUAAGUGUCCAGAUGGGUUGGUCCUCAGUAAAACUCAUCUCAGUCAUGGUGAUGGCUGGUAACAAGUCCGACGGUAGUCCAUGCCUCUCAAUAAGUAGACGAGUGUCUCCUUGGAGAAGCUGGGCUACCGUCAAGCGAGGCCAAGAAGAUGUGAAAGUGGUAAAACAGGCCAAUGGUGUGUCCUCUAGCCAAGUGUCGUACCAGGCACUGAUCUCGCCUCGCCCCACUCGCCAACAAAUAAGAGGCACCAUCUCCAACCAAUGUCGCUGCCAGUCUGCCCAUCGUUUGACUCCUUUGAUGUCAGCCGGCUGUCGAGCCCACUCACCAUAUUUGGCUGACACAAAAGUACCUAGCACCGAUGGUGUGGUCCUCAUCCUCCAAAUGAGUUUCUUUUGAAGCAUGUUAAGUACAUCUUGAGGGCGCCUAAUACCUAGGCCACCCUCAUCCGUAGGUCGACAUGCUUUCUCUCAAGAAACUCGGCAUUGACAACGAGGUCCCUCAAGUUGUCCAUCCCAAAGGAAGGACGUACAUAUCCGUCUAA